AUGGCCGAUGCUGGCGAGCAAGAAUAUGCCGGGGGAACUGCCAUUACCUGCCAGCAUGGAAAGGAAGACAACUCCAGUGUGCUGACGACAACUACUACUACAACUACAACUACUACGACGACGACAACGACAGACGCUGACCUUAGAGAUGAAGAUGUACGGACGGCUGACAAAAGAAAAGCCACUGCUGUCGAGGAAGACACGAAUCAUGAGGACAAGCCAGAAUCGAAAAAGAAGUUCUUUCUCAGUUCUUCAACCAAGCCUGAAGAAAGCAAAUCUCUUAUGAAAAAUAAUGAAGAGCAAAAACAUCCAAAAUCUGCUCCUAUUAAAAUGUCACUUAAUACACAGAAAAAAUCAGAAAGUAAAGCUCCGGUAAUGAAGAAAAGUGCUGCUGUUGCAAAAGCUUUUAAUCCGGAUGAAGAGAGUGAAGAAGAAGAAAUGCCUCCAGAAGCAAAAAUGAGGAUGAGAAAUAUUGGCAGGGAUACUCCAACUGCUGCUGGACCAAACUCUUAUGGCAAAGGACGACUUGGUUUCUGUGACAGGCAAAAAAUCUUUGAGCGGGAGAUCAAGAAGAAAGCUGACAAUCCAAAUAAUUGA